CUCAGCCAUGGACGGAAGAAGUGGUACCAAAGUGGCCAUUAAGAAGUUGUACCGCCCAUUUCAGUCUGAACUCUUUGCCAAACGCGCCUACCGAGAGCUGCGCCUCCUGAAACACAUGAAGCACGAAAACGUCAUUGGAAUAUUAGAUGUGUUCACACCAGAUGUAACACUGGAGAAGUUUAAUGACUUCUACCUUGUCAUGCCGUUUAUGGGAACAGACUUGAGUAAGAUAAUGAAGCAUGAGAAACUAACUGAAGACCGAAUCCAGUUCCUGGUAUAUCAGAUGUUGAAAGGCUUAAAGUAUAUUCACUCAUCAGGCAUAAUUCACAGG